AUGCUGCAGGUAGUGCAGGAGAAUGAAAAUGUGGUGUUCUGUCUGGAGUGUGCGCUGCACUACGUGGAGAAACACAAAAGCAGCCGCGGCCUCAAGAUGAUGUACCGCUAUGAUGAGGAGCAGAUCAACAGUUUGGUGAAUCAGGUGUGUGGUAAAGCCCUGGUGAGAAGCAUGGCUAAUGGCUGUAAUGGCUCCAGCCCCACCAAACCGCCCGCCAAGCGCGGCCCCCGCAAGAGAUCCACUGUGGAGCUGUCCCUGACCCAUCUGUCCAAAAGUGCCGCCGCCGCUGCUGUCUCGUGAGAAACGCCGCCCGGCCGCCUACGUCAGCCAAUCGAUUUCCUCUCCCUCUCUUCAUAUAAUUUGUGUCUUUUAUCACCCACAUAGCAGGGCAGAGUUUCCUGUGUUGAAAGGAGGCUGCCUUUUUUGCACUAGCGCACUAGUUUGUAUUCACCAGAUGUUUGAUAGCAUUAAGAGACAUGGUCCCAGGUGUGCAUAUCACUGACAGGUGUGAGUAUGAUGUCAUCCUUUCUGCCUGAACCCUCUUCCUCCUUGUCUUUGGCCCCCAUGACUGCACACACAUGCUCCUCCUGAACUGUGAACCUUGGGACAAAUGGGUGCUUCUCUCCUGGUUUUUCCAGGCCCCUUUCCUUUGAAUGUUGGUGCUCGAUGGAGCUGCCCGAGAACGUUUUGUUCUAUUUGGUUUAUGUUCAUUGUUUCAUUUGGGUUU